UAACUUACGUUAGAAUUCUAUCAAGUUUGGCCCACAAGAGAAAGUCGACGUUUCGAAGUAUGAGAUUCGCUCUCGCAAUCGCGGCCAUCUUGGUCACAGCCAGCCAUCUCAACGCCUACAAGCUGCCAAAAGUUGGCUCGGGUGACCUGGCCAGGGAACUGCAGGAUUUCGUAAACUCAUUUCCCAUAAAUGACGUACUGGAGUACACGAGAGUGUAUUUGUCCAGGGACAAGGAGUUCCAAUGGGUUUUGAAUUUCAUGCGAAACGAAGAGAUGGGAGCCUUCCUUAACGACGUGCAAUCUUUGCCUGAAUUCGCAACCUUGAUGGACUAUCUGGUAGAGAAUGGUCUCAACGGUUAUGCUUUAUUCGACACCGUGAAAGAAGUCAUGGAGGCGCAACUCGAGAGAGUAAACGUGCACUCGAACCUGAGAGUUACCGGAGGACUUGCAGGUUACGUCGCAGACGUCACCACCGGCGCGCUUGUGACCAACAUGCAGAACUUGUUCGAAAACAAGGUCGCAACAUCCGAGGUGUUCAAAAACUUCGUCAGAGAGAUCUUAUCUGGCCGAUACGAGAGACUUUUCGCAAGCACGUCGACGAAUACUCAUUUCCAGAGAGUGUUACAUCAACUUCGGUACCUCGACCUCGACGACGAAACGUUCCACGCGAAUUUCUACUUGCUUCUCAUUUCCAAAGCAUUGGUCCGCGCACAUAAUUAAAGUUACGAAACAGAAACACGCCUAUAGAUCUUCUGCGUACGAAAUUGUGAUCACACUUCAAGCAAGUUGCAGCUCGCAAGAUUACUUAAUAUGU